AGAUGAGAAUACUUCAGAACCAGUUGUAAUGGAAGCUGCGAUUCUGGACGCCGAACCAUCACUCGGUCAUGGGGUAGGUGGAGCUUUAAAAUUAGCCAUGAGUAAAGGUUACUUGCAGAAAGAGGAUAGCAAUCGCCCUUCGGCGUCACGAUUCGCACAUCUACAAGCUCAGAAUUAUUCGAUAGAAGAUAAAACAUACGGGGAUGACGACAAAUUUGGCAGGAGGGAUCGUUUUAAUGGACCAACAUCCGAUUUCAAGGAAAAAGAAGGUUUCAAACCAAAUGUUAAACUUGAGUAUAUUGAUGACGACGGGCACGUCUUGAGUGCUAAGGAAGCUUUUCGAUACCUAUCACAUAAAUUUCAUGGGAAAGGUCCAGGAAAAAAUAAGGUGGAGAAGAGAAUGAAGAAAGCUGAACAAGAAGUUUUAAUGAAACGAAUGUCUUCAACGGAUACACCUUUAGGUACACUAAAUUUGUUGCAAGCAAAACAGAAGGAAACACAAUCGCCAUAUAUAGUGCUCAGUGGCAGUAAACAGAUGCAAACGACCAGCAUAGCUAAAACAAAACAUUGAACGGUAAAAAUAUAUAAGUAUAAAAAUUGUAUAUAAUCUUACAUGUAUAGUGCAGCAUCUGGAAGUAAAAAUUAAAUUUACAGUUUUAUGUGAAAAUUAUAACUAGGA